GAUAUGUCUUAAAUGCAUAGUAAUAUAAUAUUGUAAUUAACAAUUAUUAAGGAACAAUAAUUAAGUGUCAAAAUUAACAGAAUACUUAAUUAAUUAAAAUGACUUUAUUUUAUUUAAAAAUUAUAAGUUUUGCUAAUAUUUUUUGUUUUCAGAAACUUUUAGAAAAUGAGUCGAAAUAUCCAACCACUAUUAUAUUGACAAUCCAAAUUACAUAGAAUGACGGAUACAAUUACAUGAAAUCAAGAUACAAUGUGUCUCUUUACUUUUCUACCGUAGAAAAUAGAUAUAUACCGUUGUAAAAAAUAUUCUGUUGCGCGUAAGGUAUGAGUCAAACUAUUUUUAAAUUGACGCAUGAAAAAUUGCUGUAUAUUUUUCCAAUCCUAGUUAAUUAAUAAAAAAUGUAAAUAUAUUUAAAAGCUAAGAUUAUAUUUAUUUACUUGGAUUUACAUAUUUGAGUUUAUACAUGCAGGUAAAUUAGAUACAUUUUUAUUAAUUAAUUUUAUUGUGUUGUGUUCUUCUAUACCUAUGCCAUUUUAACAAGUAUAUAAUUUUAAUAAAUGUUUUAAAGGUAAAUAUAAAAAUAAAAGGAUGAAAACUAUUACCACCUUUAUUGUAGAUAUAGAAAUAUUGAAGAUUUUUACGAAUUCAUUAUUAUGACCCACACUUAACCAAGCAAUUACGAAGUUAAAACGAUGUAGAAAGAUUUUGGUGUGCUACGAUGCGUUAGGUAGUUACGCUUCACGCACCGAUAGUGCCUGUCCCUUCCUCUUUUUACUCGUAUAAUAUCUGUCCCGGAAGACCCAUCUCUCUUUCUGCCACGAUUCAGUUUUGCCGCGACGACAGCAUCGAAACUUGGUUCUUUAAUUCAGUUGUCGAACGAUUGAUCGAUUGUUGUACUAAAGUCUAUAAAUUUGAAGAACAUCGUGUUUGUAUAGUAGGAUGUCGCUUAUAAUGAUUCAAUUUUCUUAAACUUUUUGACAUGUAACACUACUUGAAUUUAAAAUUAUGGCUUAGCGUUUGCUGGAAGCGGCGUAAACUGUUGUAUUAUGCAUCUUACAUUAACAAGAAUUAUUAUUCUAUUAUGUAAUUCAAAUAUGUAGAUUGUAUUAAUAUUAAAGUGUUAGUGUAAUUAAAAAUAAUAGAUAACAUAAAUAAUAUAGAUAUAUAAAUUGUUUAUGCAAACUUAUUUAAGUCUUUAUUGUGUUUGUCUAUUUGCAUUGUGAUAAACUAUAUGUACAAUUUUUUUGGAGAAUGAAAAAUAUCUUUAAAUGUGUGCAACGAGGGUUGUUAUGUCAAUUGGUGCAACGAUGAAUUUGUCACGGAGAAUGACGACAGUAAGAAUUCGAAAUUUCAUUGCUUUUUCUGUUAUUCUAUUAUAUGGAGAAACAUAUGGAAAGUAUUUGGAGGGCCUCAACAUGAAUUUAGGGGAUGCCCUUUUAUUUCUUAGAGAAUACGAUAGCGCAGCUUCAUUAAUGUGCACAAGAGUGACAAUAGCGCAAUGGAACUUUGCAACAAACGUUACUGAUGCAAAUCAUCAGAAAAUGAUAGACGAACAAACAUUAAAAUUAAAAUUUGAAAGAGCUUCUUGGCGGAAAGCAAUCACUUUUGCUUGGAGCCGAAUACCAGAUCCUUUAGCAAGAAGAGAAUUAAAAAUGAUUGCUACGAGAGGUCGAAGUUCUUUAACUGAUGAUAAAUUUAAUGAGAUAUAUCGUUUAAUAGCAGAAAUGAAAGAGAUUUAUAUUAAAGCCAGAAUAUGUCCAUACAGACAAGUUGAUGGUAAAUGUAAUUUGAGUCUGGAUCAUGAUAUAAAUAAAAUAAUGGCACAAUCCAAAAACUACGAUGAAUUGUUGUAUUAUUGGCAAGCUUGGCACGAAGCGAUUGGUCCACAAGUUCAAAAUAAAUAUUUAAGAUAUGUUCAAUUGGCAAAUCGAGCAGCUAAAUUAAAUGGUUUCGCUGAUGCUGGCGAUCAGAUGAAAGAAUUGUUUGAAGAUGAAUGUUUCCAGCAAAAUAUGGCGGAGAUAAUGUCAGCCAUAACUCCGUUUUAUAAAAAUCUUUUUACUUAUGUGCGAUCAAAACUAAUUGAAAGAUAUGGUGAAGUAAUACGUAAUGACGGGCCUUUACCGGCGCAUAUUUUAGGUGACAUAUGGGCUCAAAAUUGGGAAAAUCUCUUCGAAUUAGUGCAACCAUUUCCUGCAAGCAGAAAGCUUGAUGUAACUUUGGAGAUGAUAAUUCAGAAUAUCACUCCAAUGAGGAUGUUUCAAAUAGCAGAAGAGUUCUUUACUUCACUUGGUAUGAAACCGAUGCCACCAGAAUUCUGGAAAUACUCGAUAAUUGAGAAACCUAUUGAUAGAGAAAUUAAGUGCACUCCUAGUGCAUGGGACUUUUGUAAUAAAAUUGAUUACAGAAUAAAGCAAUGUACUAGAGUUACAAUGGAAGAUCUAUUGUCUACUCAUUAUGAAAUGGCACAUUUACAAUAUUAUUUGCAAUACAAGGAUCAUCCACUGUUAUUCCGAAAUGAAGCGAUUCCAGGAUUUCACGAAGCUGUUAGCGAUGCAAUAGGUUUAUCCGUUUUUACUCAGCAACAUUUACAUAAAAUUGGACUGCUCAAUAAUUUAACAAACGACUACGAUAGUAGCAUAAAUUUUUUGAUGCUAAUGGCUCUUCGCAAAGUGGCUUACAUGCCGUUUGCUUAUAUAGUUGAUCAGUGGAGAUGGCGUGUCUUCAGUGAUGGCGUGGAAGAUAUGACAGCACAUUGGUGGAAAUUAAGAUUGCAAUAUCAAGGUAUCGUUCCACCUGUACCUAGAUUUGAAAGAAACUUCGAUCCAGCGGCAAAGUAUCACAUUUCAGCAGAUAGUUCUUAUGCCAAGUAUUUUGUAAGCAUUGUAUUACAGUUUCAAUUGUUCCAGUCUCUGUGUGAAAUUUCUGGUCACACUGGCGAAUUGCAUACUUGUGAUCUUUACAGAUCACGAGAAGCUGGUCGAUUAUUAUCGGAUAUUUUAUCAGCGGGAGCUUCUAGACCAUGGCAAGAUAUUGUCAAGAAAAUGACGAGAGGUAGAACGAAUAGACUAGACGCUGGUGCCAUACUCAAAUAUUUUGAGCCUUUAAAUGUGUGGUUAAAACGACAAAAUGAGAUGCAGCCUGUAAUCGGCUGGAUCACAAAUCGUGAUGACAGAGGAAUUUUUCAUUUUUUUUCAGUAUUAUUCGCUCAAUGGCAUCAAAACGGUGCACGGAGAAUUGGAUUGUGGAAUUUAUUCCCUCUACUGCUUGUAAUUUUAAAAUUUUUUGUUAAUUUAUAAUUUUAUAUAUUAUGUAUUAUGUAACUUAAAGAGUCCAUUUACAUACAAUUCUUCUUAUAUAAUAUAUAUUUAAAUCAUAUUAUAAAAAGAAAAAGAGAGUUUUACUUUAAUUUACUUUUUAAUGUAUAUUAUAUUUUAUAAAAGAUUAUUUAAAAAGAUUUCUGUUUAUUUAGACACAUUUUUAUCAUCUUUGUUCGACAUAAAAAAGUAUAGUUUUCUAUUUCUUUUCCGGAUAAAAAUUUUUCUUAAAAUUUUCUUCCGGCUAAAUUGGACUCAACUUUCUUUGAUCCUGGCCAAAUCUAUUAUGGCUACAUGACAGCCAGAUAAUUCAAGUAAUGGCGAAUCAAACAAGUAUAUACAUUUAUACAUGUUUUAAUGAAAAUGACAAAAAAGUUUACCGGGUACACGUACAUUACGAUCGAGUAUAUUAUUACGAAAAAAUGCAAACAAAAUACAUUUAGAACGAUGAAUCUAUGAAAAGUCGCGUUUAUCUGUACUAUUUAUAAUACAUAAUACAUAAAGAGACAUUUAAUAUAAAUUUCAUAGAUUCAUUGUUGCAUAAAGAAAAUGUCACUCACCGAGCCGAUGCGCAACGAGCGGAGUUAUUCAGCCACGAAACUGCGAUGAUACUGUAACACAAACAUAAGACUCAAAUUAAAACAGUGCUCAAAAUAA